AUGUUGAAACUAUUACAAUCUCGUGAUGGUGACGUGUUACAGGUAAUAACUGUGGAUUAUAUUGAUGAUUUCGACGUGACAGUGGCUGAUUUGGCUGUAGAUAAGUCUUAUGGCUUCAUCAUGUCUUUGGAUCUAAUAGCUGCAAAAAUAUCGGUAUUCAAGUCUAAUUGGUCAAUUAUCUUACCUUUGAUGGAUAUACCAUUGAAUUUGAAAUAUAGUGGUAUCAAGGUAUGGUUCACCGUGGAUGAUUCAUAUUAUAGUGAGUUCAUGGCUCGAAAAUUGAUUAUGGAAAUGCCCUUGAAUUUGAUAAUCUUAAACUUGAAUCCUAUUUUACAAGUAUUACUCUUGAAUACAAAUGAUGUCAUCACUGACCUUGAUCUCGGACCUUUGGAACGUCAAUUGAGGGAUCUUUAUCGAUUUCAUCAAUAUAUCACCGAACCAUUGAAUCCUUCAGUCGAGAAUCUAGACUUGAUCGUAUAUGAAACUUUUGAAAAGGAUAAAUUCAAGUAUGACCAAUAUGAAGAGGCGAUAAGUUUAGCUAUUACUGACUUAAAAACCACAAUCAAAGAACCUAAGAUACUCGUCGUUGGGGCGGGCAAAGGUGGUUUGGUACAUAGAGCCUUUAAGCAUUGUCAUGAUAUUACCAUAGUAGAAAAGAAUCUCAAGGUUACUCCUCAUUUAUACGACCAGAAUCAGACCCAUUGGCAAGGCAAGGUCAAAAUACAUGUAGGAGAUGUCAGAAACUUCGAUUGCAAACCUUAUGAUCUCGUUAUAUCUGAAAUGAUAGGCUCAUUUGGUUGUAACGAGAUGUUCCCUGAGAUAAUACGAUUGCAUAAUAAGAUUGUCAUUCCAUCACAGGUUCAGUCCAUGAUCUCUUUGAUUAAUAACGCCUUGGAAUAUGAUAAACCUUAUUUGAACAAUAUAAAGAUGUAUUAUGCUGUGGCUGAAAGUGCAAAACUUUGGGAGUUCAAUUAUCCUGGUGAUAACGAUACUGACAAACAUGUGGAAUUGAAUAUGGAAGUUCAAGUAUCUGGAACAGUGAAUAGUGUUAUGGGUGUUUUUGAGAGUGACCUUUAUGGUGGAAUAUCCAUAACCAACGUCAAGUCACGAAACUAUUGCAAGUCUUGGUUCCCAAUUAUAUUCCCUAUAGAGCCAUUUGACGUUAAAAAGGGAGAUCAUGUUAGAGUUGAAUUCUGGAGAUUUUCAGGGUUGACUUAUAGAUGGAAGAUAAAUGAUAAAGAGUACGAGUAUAAGGUAAAUUAA